GAUGGGGGGAGAAUAAGCGACACGGACCACUUCCGGCCGAGACGGGCAACCCCGGCGAAGGCGAGCCCGGCUUCCCUUCGCUCUACCGGGUGUCGCGGCGAACCGCGUUUGCUUCUGGAAUAUGGGCACCAAACGCAAAAGCUCGGCCUCGGCCGGGCGGCCGGACCCGCCCCCGGCCAAGCGGGUUCGAAGUACCGAUGCCGCGGAAUUCACCGGCGCCCGGUUCAAAUUCCUCCUCCGCGAUUCCAGCACCGCGAUGAAAGGUUUGGAGACGUUCAUAGCCAAAGCUAAAUUACUACCGUCAAAUGAGCAAUAUGAUGUAGUGGAAGGAUACAUAAAAGUUUCGAUUGAAUGUGUAGAAAUUUUUAAACUUCUGGAUGGUGAAAGGCGUCCUGACAGUGAGAUGCUGCUAAUUUUUCAAGCUCUAGAAAAUAUUUUGCUGCGAACAGCAAGUGAUCUGUCCCAUUUUCGUGUUGUGGGGAUGAAUAUAGUAAAGAAGUUGAUUAACAGUUACAUGAAAUUAAUUUAUGCUGCUUUGUAUUCUGAAACUCAUAGACUGUCUCGUCUGUGUCUAACUUUGCUAUCAGCAAUGGUGACACAGGGAUCAGAUGCUGCCAGAGAUGUCUAUAGCCACUUCGAUUUCAAUAAUAAAUUCUUACCUAAUUUAGUGAAGAAGAGAGACUAUAAGGGUAAACCUGAUAUCCGUACAGCAUACAUCCAAUAUGCCAUUUCCUUUUUAAUUGCUGGCGACCAUUCUAUCCUUGUGCAGGUUCUGGAGUUAAAAGAUUUCAUUCCAGAUAUUAUUAGGACAGGGUUAAAAGAAGAUAGAAUUUCCACAAUUAACCUUCUGCUUUCAACUUUGGAAACUAAGGUGGUUCUCAAUAAAGAUAUCAGUAAGACUCAGAAAGUACACUUUUUUACCUCAGAAAUACUGAACCACAUUGCUUCACUCUAUCGCUGGAAUGGAAUUACUGAUGUCAGCACAGUGGAUGUCAAGGCUUCCCAAGAGUGUGAAGAACCAGGAAAGCUUUUAGUGAGAGAACUGGUUCAUAAAUUUUUAAUGAACCUUUGUUGUUCUCUGAAACAUGGCAUUAACUUUUAUGAUCCAAGUCUUGGCACAUCUGGCAGAGGAGGUAAUUUGGUUCUGCUGCGCUUUCUUCUGAGUCUAAAGACUGCUGUAGAAGAUGAGAUGAUUGCUGAUCUUAUGGUGAACAUUUUCAAAGUAUGCCCAGAUUUACUGAACAGAUACUUUAAGGAAUCCCAGUAUUCUUUUGUUCCGAGACUAAAAUCUGCAUGGCUAGACAACAUGAAAUUGCUGAGAAAGAUCUAUGAGGCUCAGCCAGACAUUUCCAAUGCUUUUAAAACCACUGAGUUUAUUCCACUUCCUAAAUUGCUUUCUAUGGUGAAAGUGACUACAGUACCUGCAGUGUGCAACAAAGCCAUGUUUACCCAAGGUUUAAAUAUAGCCAGUAAAACAGUGAAGCAUACUAUAUUUUCACUGAUAACAACUAUUCUGAAAAGAGCACUGAAAAAUAUUGACUAUUGUCAGAAUGAGAAGAUAUGGGAGAAGUCAGAAAUCUAUACUCCACUAAUCAUGAAGGAAUUCGUUCAGCAGUACCGGGAAGCACUUAGUAAGCUUUUACCAGAUAUGACUAGCAUAAUUGCCGUCUGGCAGUCCUUUCUAAAGCAAGAUAAGGCUCAGGAAGGACAGAAAGAGAAAGGAACAGAAGCUGCUUCUUAUAUGGAAGAAACAAAUGAAACAAACAAAGAGCAUGGCUUGGAUGAUGUAGAAAUCACUCUUCUGAAAGCUGUUUUACUUCAAGUUAUAUGCCUUUAUCAACAAGUUGUUCCUCACUUAGUAGCACAGAGCAACUUUGAUUUUAGCAAAUUAAUAAAAGGUAUUUUUACUGAAAAAGGACUGCAACAGGAAAUUUCUCCUGUUCUGCAUUAUCAUAUUCUCAAACUGGCUCUUGAACUGCCUGCAAAUAAGUUUUCCUGGUUCAGAAUACAGGAUGCAUCUGAGAAGGUUUGUGGUGACAGAUCUGUAUUUUACCUACUGAUGAAAAUGUUUGUCACCAGCCCCCAUUCACAACUCAAAAUAGCAACCAAGAAAUUGAUUUUUAAGGUUUUGCACGACAGUGGAGUAUUUGAGUACACUGGGAAGGAACUUGAACUGUGGCUCAGUCAUUUGGAUAAUACAGUUGAAGCCAAAAAGGAAAUCGUGAUUCAGUUUUUGGAAAGGGUCUUGGUCAAAGUGGUAACCAACCCAUAUCCAUAUACGGAUAAAGCAGCUGACUUUGUUCAAGAAGCAAGCAUUCUUCAGGUCAACUUAUUUAAACAAGAUGUUGAUAAUAUCAGCAUACCCAUUUCUCAUAUUGAUGACGUUCUAGAUAUGAUUGAUGUCCUUGUGGAAGACACAGAAGGUUUAAAUGAAGAAAUUGGAUGUACUUUAAGUGAGGACAUGAUUGUGAACACGUUUCCAUUUAGUGCAAUCGUCCCAGCUUCUUUAGAAGCAAGAAAUAAGUUACUUCUUGAUGAAAACACAAGAGAAGAAAGUAUUGUGGAAUAUCUCAUUGCUGUGUUCACUGACCUCCUGAAUUCUCAACGAGAUCCUUUAGCCCUUUGCCUGAUGUUUCAACAUUAUGAUAAAGAACUUCAGUCUGUAACUGCUCAGCUUUGUCAGUUCAACUGUUACUAUAAUCUUUGGAUACCACAACAAGUUAAGGAAGCUUUGUUCCAGCAAGACAGGAACAAGAGUGUGGAUGAGGUGUGGUCAUCAGAUUCCUCCUUUUUUACCUUGUUAAAAAAUAGCUAUCAGAAAGGUGUUGCUGUUUUACUGGACGAGGAUAUUCAAACAAAGCUAAAUGAAGCUAUUUCCCAGCUCCAACCUCAGCAGCUCUCGUUGGCUUUAAAACAUGUUCUUCUGUACCUAAAAACUACUGUGGAGAACUUCGGCAGUUUGGGCAAGAAUUCUGGCCUUUCCCUUGUUACUGUCUACAUGGAUUUGUUGAAGAGCUUGUUGCGCAAAGGUGAUGAUACAGAGUUGCGUAGUCAGCCUGAGCAGAAAAAUACCCAGAUUGAACCUGAACUUUUUAUGGAAGCAGAAAUUUUGAUACAAGACUCUGAGAAUGACAAGAUCAUGGAAGAGAUGCUCUCUUUGGUCUUCAAACACCCUAUCCUAGAAAAUUGGUUCCUGGCUAUAGAACAACAUUCCCUCCCUCCACACAGUCUUAAUCCAAUUAAAGUAAAACUGCUUUCAAGUCAUCUAAACCGCAACAUUCUUGACUUGUUGAAAAUGAGUUGUCCAUUGCUACAGUUUAGGAAUCAGCUAGAUAUACUCUACAGAUAUUUUGAAGCCAUCACAAAGACUGUUUUGGAAGAACUGCACUGUGGUGGAAAAGAAGGAUGCAGAAUAUCUCCCAAAAAAUCUCUGCAGAUAGAGGCUUUACAAGAGCUGCACAUUUAUAUGAAUACGGACCAGCUGAAAGAAAUCAUGCUACAACUUUGCAAGGCCAACCUAAAAUCUGAAACUUUAGCUGGAAAAAAAAUCUGUCUGAACAUUCAUGGACAAACUUUGAUGCAGCUGCUCACAGAUGUCUACCAGAGGGGUUCUCUGAAAGGAGACUCCUUUUUUUCAAGAGAGCACAUUCAAGGAAUGAGCAUUCUGUUGUCUGCAUCUAUCACUGAAGAAUUGGAAAAGGUCUUUAUGUGUAUGAUACAGAAAGAACCUAUCUUUGCCCAGGCAGUUGACAUUGAUGUGCAGCUUUUGUGCCUUAAGCAUUCCACAGAAAUUUCUCUUUCUAUUGUAGCUUUAUUGAUUCAGUACUCUCACACUCAUUUGCUACAUUUUGAGCUUUGGUGUCUGAAGAGCAGUACAAGCAAAUUUCUAAAAAUGAAUGCAGCCCUUUUUAUGCCCCUUGUUAACGUGUAUUUGGACUGUCAAGAGAAGCAACAUUUCAAAUGCUUAUCAAAAGCUGUUAAGUCUGUCUUGAGAGAAGCUUUAUGGCCAGAACUGCUGAAUAAUCUUUUGAAAGUGGAUUCAUCACAGCCAUCUACUAUGGAAUGUCAUGUUCUUUCCAAAUUAUUGCCACUAUCCGAUACAGAGGCAUUUACUGAUUUAACAGAAAAACUAACUCUAACUCUUGAGAGACUUGGAAAUCAUGAACAGUGGAUAAUUGCUGAUGCUGUAUCAAGAGCUCUGGAGACUUCUGCAGAAAAAGUGCAUUCAUGGGGGAAACAUCUACUAGUUACCUGUAUGAAGUGGUUGAUCCUGUCCUUCAGUAGUAGCCAAGAGCAAGAAACAUAUUCAGAAGUGGAGAAUACUAUGCUAUUGAAGCUAGAAAACCUGUUGAAUUCAGUAACUCAAGUGGUUCCAGACGACUGGAAUAGUUUUGUGAAGCUGGGGCUCAAGUAUCGUUAUAAAGACCAAACUUUCCUGAAAACUCUGAAUGCAGCUAUAAAUGUAUUAUACCAGAAAGAAAACUCUUUUAAAAAGAGAUUAACCAAACCUGAAGUGCUUUAUAUGAUGAUCACGCAGCAUUCACUGUUUUUGUCCACAAUGCUGAGACCACAAGAAGGCAGCGACACAAAUGCUCAUCUAAGAGAGACGUUAGUGAACCUCCUGUUGUCUCUUGUGAAACUCUGCCCUGCAGUUUGUGAGAGUAAUCAUUUUGCUGUGCUGCUUGGAGCAUAUGGUGCAACACUGAACAUUUCAGAUCAGAAGAUAUUAUUUCUACUUAAAUUAUAUGAAAAUAAUGGUCUAAGCCUUCUUGACUUCAGAAUAUUGCUUUGGGGUCCAGCUGCUGUGGAGCAUCAUAAAACAUGCAAAAGUUUGGGGAAGUCACUGUGGCAGCAACCAAGCAUGCAAGAAAUUAUGUGCCUGCUGGAUCGAGAAAUAAUGAUGAGGACCAUACUCCACUUCCCCCAGGAUCGGCGUCUUCUUUCCCCGGAGGAAGAACAUAUGUUCCAAAGCAAAGGGAAAAGUGAUGUGGCUUUUGAAGAUCUCUAUGAUCCAUGUUUUCUUCUCCAGCUAUUCAGUGAAUUAUUAAGGCCAGAAUGUGUGGUGGCAUGUCAUAAGUUUGUUGAAGUCAAUGCAUUGGGCUUGACAGUAGCUGCUCUUAGCAGCUAUGACAGUAACAUGCGUGCAGCUGCCUACCAUGUCCUGAGUUCCUUUCGCUCUCAUCUGGAAGUGGCUCGGUUUCGAGAACAGAAACAGUUGCUGUACCUUAUGGACGUUGUGCAAAAUGGAAUAAAACAACCAAACCUCAAAUUUACUUUCCCUUUAACCCUGUAUAUAGCUAGAGUUGCCCAGCAAAUACUGAAGCCAGAAGAACAUAUGUACACAAGGUUGAACAGAUUUCUUCUAUCCCACCAGUAUUUGGAUUUGAGAAAAGUGCCAGGAUUUUUUCACCUUUUCUAUAGUUUUGAUUCAGAGCACAAAAUGGAGCGUGAAUGGGUUCUAGCUAUUAUUGGAGAUGGUCUCAGAGAUAAAAACUGCUAUCAGCUGUAUGAUUAUCAAAGAAUUUUCCAUGUCAUUCUGUCCUUCUUCCAUAGCCCAUUGUGUGAUGAAGCAACACAGAAUCAGAUUCUGGAAAUACUUCAAAAUGCUGCCUACAUCACUAAAGCUGCUUAUGAACUAAUAAGGGACCAUAGCCUUUUAACCUGGCUGUUAUCUGUUAUUGAGAAGAGGUUUCUAGAAAACAAGUUGUUAAUACGUAUAAUCUCCUUAAUCAAUACUCUCUGGAAAACUAAUUUAGGAAAUAAGCAAACUUCACUCAGUUCAUCUAGCCAAUUAAAAGAAUUAAAAGAGAACCAGAAAUUCCUUCCCAUCCAGCUUAUUAAUGAAUUUCUCCAUGUUCUGCUCACACUUCUUAACCACAUCAGAACCAACUUGGAUCCUGUUGAGUUUAUUCAGUUUUUCAAUGUAUUAAGUUCUGUAUUGGAAUACCGUACUCUGGUUAUUGAAGCCUUCAGAGAAAUGGGCAGAUUCAUUGUAAAUGAACAUAUCCUUUCAAACAAUGAUGUGUUGAUACUUUUGUACAAGUGGAGUAUAAUUAGCAAAGAUAUGGAACUUCAGGAUGACCUGCAUGUUGUUGCACAACAAUAUCAAAUCAAAGAAUUGCUUAGAAAUACAGACAGGAACAAACCACGAUUACAUUCUCAAGCAUCAAACCGACUAGCUCAGAGAAGGAGUAAAAUUGAAAUAGAGGCAGCUGCAAUCUCUGUAUGGAAAGAAGUUUAUUUAAAUGAAUGUAGAACUCUUCUGAGAUCCAUUUUUAUCCACUGGGAACCUGUUUUACUGGAAACAUCAGCAAAAUCUCCAACAGAACAGAAAGGAUAUAGUAAUCCAGAUCUUGCCUGCAAGAUUGCUUAUUUAGUAUUUAGAUGGCUUGUGACAGCUUUCCUUGAUAGCAACUUGAACAUUCAGAAUGCACUCCUGACUUUCUGGUGGUUUAAAAAAUGUGGUUUUGGAAACAACAUUAUAUUGGAUUAUAUUCUUACAGACGGAACCCUGAAAAGGGCUAUAUUUAAGCUUUAUAGUAGCAUCUUUAGUGCCUCUGAAGUUGUGAAAUUGAGUGAGCUCUCUGUGGUUAAUGGAAUCAUGCUCCAUCUACUAGAAUCUCAGGGCCUGACAGAAAAUAAUUUUCAUGGGGCUGUGAAAAAAUUCUGCCUCACUGAAGUGACAAAAGUGAACAAAGCGGCAAGCAUUUUCCUUACUUCAAUUUAUAUUGGAGAUAUUUGGCUAGGAGCAAGGCAACCAGACAUGUUUAUGACACACAUUAAACUAAUAUGUGGAGCAACCAAUACUGAACGAAAUGACAAAAAAAGGUUGGAAUUUGAAGAUUCGAUGGUUUCUCUCUGCAAAGACAUAUACUCAUUUUUAAGUCUUCAUUGUCAUAUGCAGUCUUAAACUCAAAAAUUUGUCAACUUUCCUAUCUUGAAAUUAAAAAAUAAAAUAAAAAGAACUAUUGCGUACAAUUCUACAGGAAUUGUUUCAAAAACAGUGUCUAUUUUCCUAUUAAGAGUAGUACAAUUGUAUGUUAUAAUAGGCAUGAUUUCAAAUAAACUUAUAUUUUUUCAGAAUUUGGCAAAGCUGGUUUUAGAUGCUAUUUUUGUAUAUUAUGUUAAACUGCUGGAAAAAGUAAUGAACAAAACAUUGAUUUGAAGUUAAUAAUUUUGCAGUAAAGUAAACAUAAUGUUUACUGUUGUGUGAAAUAAAUAUAUCCAUUAGAGUUGUGUAUGCUUUGAAAAUGGUUUUAGAAGUAAUGUUUUGUUAUAUGUAGAAAUAGAGACAGUCCCAUUUUAAAGCAACUGUAGUUCUUUUCAGGCUUCUGUUUUAAUAAAUCACAUUAAAAGGUGAAGUUGCUUUAAUGGGGUUAUCUUUUCAAAAACAGUAUCUUUGUAUCAAGUUCAUCACACAGAAGCCUGAAAAAAAAUAUGACAAAGAAUAUUUUUCUGAAUUAUUUUUGAAGCAUGCACAUCCCUAGCAUAUAUAUAUAUAUCCGCACUCCAAGGGAGUUUUUCCUUUUCUGAAGCUUCUGAAAUGUUCAUAAGAAGAAUAACCAAUGUUUGAAAUAGUUUUCUUGAAUCAUAUUACUGCAUAAUGAUUUCAUGUGUAAAUACUGUAACUACUGUUGAGUAUUUAUUUCUUGUCAGAAUACUAUUCUGUUUUAGAAAGCUUAUAACUGGGUCCAUAUUGUGAAAUAAAAACCUCAAAAUAAUACUUAUGCAGAAAUUGCUUCAGCUAAAUGUGAUUUCUCAACUAUAAGAAGCCAUUCGUUUAAUUCAAAGGUACAUAAUGCACAGGCUUCAUACAAUCUCAUAUCUGGAUCCAGAAACUGGCUGAAAGAAAACAAGACCACAGUAGUGUCAGGGUUUAUACUUUCUUUUGUUUUGUCAUGUUACCAGGCUAGUCUGUCAUAUUCAUUUACAAGAAAUUGUCUGCCACAUUAUUUUGCAAAAAUGCUUAGCUAUUUUCUGUAAGGGUGUAAUGAAAUCUGACUUUAUUAGCUGUUAUGAAUUAAUAUGUUAUAUUUAUUAUAUUUAUUAACAUAUAAUAUUAAUAUUUUUGAGAAAAAAAUAAUAGAAGAAAAAAGGGGGCCAAAAACACACACCAUGAAGUGAAUCAUAGGAAUUUACAAGCAAAUCAAAUUGGCUAAAAUGAAAUUUAUUAAGAUAAACAUUUUCAACAUUAGAUUUAUAUAAUUGAGUAUUCUACGUAGUUUGAAAAAUUGCAAGUUAUAUUUAAAAUCAAAAUAAUAUAUGAACAGCAGUAAAAUCAAUACAUUAUAAAUCAUAAAGUAAUAUAAAUAACUAUAAUAAUUUCUGUUCAAACAAAUCACUGAAAAUUAGAAUAUUAUCACUUGAAAUUUUAGAUAUGGUAUAAACUCAUAUAUGGUAUUAUAAUCCUUAAAUGGUUCCCAAGUUGAAUUACAUUCUGCGUCAGAUUUACUUUUGAAAAUAUAAAAGUUAUUUUGGACAUAGAGUUAUACUCCUACGGGUUAAUUAGCCAUUCUUCUGAGAAAGAAUUCUGUGUACUUUCCUAUCAGAAGUGUAAAGAGUUCUUGCAGCAAUUAACAUGUACAAAGCUGCUCCAGUGUACUUUGUGGGGAUAUAAGCUUUGAUAAUAUUAAAUUGGUUGGAAAGGAAACUAAGCUUUUAUAAAUUGUUUCAAUCCAUUAGAGAAUGGUUUUCAACAUGGUUGAGCUGUGCAACAUUGCUACCAAAUAUGGAAAAAUGAUCCAACCCGAUUAUUAGAUUUCCAGUAAUUCUUAGAAAAUGAAUUAUAUCUGUCAUUGUAAAACUUUGCCCAACAUUAUACAACACUAUUGUAUAUUUUACAUUACAGAAAAGAAAAAAUAUUUUUGAUUUUUUUUUUGUAGUAAUGCUGCUUUCAAUACAUGAUAUAUUCUAUUCAGAUAAAAGGAUGUGCAACUUUAAUGUUGCAUAUACAUACAUACACAGAAAUCUUUGUAUUUUAUAAAGUGAAUAAUUUAUAAUACAGAGCCACUGAAUUUUGUUCCACUGAAUCUCAGGCAUAACUACUUUUUAAUUAGUCUUAAGUAAUGUUCAAUCACAACUUAUUUGCAAUUAGGACAAAAGUCAUUCUGCAGAUUCAGCCAGGUUUUUUUUAUAUAUAAAAAUCAUGUAUUGUGUAAAAAUAAAAGUAAUGUAAUAUUUCUAGUACUAAUUCAAUAGAAAUCUGGUUCUGGUUUGUUCAAUUUCCUGAAUGAUUUGAAGCAUGACUUUUAGCUUUUAAUCUGUAUAUAUAAUGUUAAAACGUUGUUUUAUCUAUGUAUAACUCAUUUGCUUUUUUUUUUUAUAAAUUAAAUUGUAGAUUUCA